AUGGUGGCUAAACCAAAACCGCCAAAUUUCUUCUGGUACACGGUGGUACCACUCGUCCUGAUCCCGAGCAUGCCCGUCACUCUAAUGUGCGCCAUCUCCUACGUUAUCACUCACAAGUCGUCUCCAUACAUCGCCUUCCAGUCAGGCUUCGGGCAAUUCGUUUACAGCGCAUGCACAGACCAAGGCUUCGGCAAGAGGGAGGCUUGGACAUUCGCGCUCUCCUUCACGCUGUACAGCGCACUCUCGAUCCCGCUACUUGCCGGAAAAGCAUACCGCGGCCCAUCGACGUCCUCGGGAUUCAGGCCCGUCUACCGAAACUCGGGAUUCACUUACUACGUCCUGUCUAUGUUGAUCGCCGGCUACUUCAUGUUCGAGAAAGACUUGACAGUACACCUAAUCUACAGGGUCAUACCAUCUUUGGUCGUGGUGCUGACCAUCGAGGGUUUUAUCGUUUCCGUGCUUCUUUACGUGAAAGGAUUGACGAGUCCCUCUCCAGGAGAACACGGUCCCUCCGGAAGCGCCGUGUUCGACUUCUGCUGGGGACUCGAGCUGUACCCUCGCGUGGGCAAGAGGUUCGACGUCAAGCUGUGGACGAACAGCCGAUUCGGGAUGAUGCUGUGGCAGCUUCUCGUGCUGGUCAGCUGGAAGGCCCAGGUGGAGACCACGGGCUGGAACUGGGCGAUGGCGGUGGUGUGCUUCCUGCAGACUGCGCAUGCGGCGAAGUUCUUUUGGCGGGAGGACUCUUACAUGCAGUUCACGGAUGUCGUAGUGGACAGAUCAGGAUACUGCUCAUCUUGGGGCUUUAUCGCCUUCAUGGGCCCGAUAUACGCAAUUCCGAACUUCUUCAUGGUGGAGCACUGCCCAGACAUGAGCCUGGCACUGGUAAUGUUUAUAACGGCCCUGGGACUGACCCUGAGACUGCUGACUAACCGGUGCAAGGGCAAGAGGCAGCUGUUGAGGAAUUCUCACUGCAACGGGAAAUAUGGCGAUCUCCAGCGAGGGUGA